AUGGAGGUCGUGGCCAAGGUGGCGGCCUCCGGAGGCUCCGCUGGCUACUCCUGCUGUUGCUGCUUAUUUAUCUAUUCUGUUGGCAAGUUGUUGUUUGGCCUCCCUGAAGAGCUGCCUCCUCCUGCCCGCGGCACUGCCUGCCACAUGUCUGGCACCCGGGACAGAAAGGAGCCGCUGUCCCGGCCUGCUUCUGGCACUCACAAGAAUCCAAGGGGAUCGAGAGGAGAGAGCAGUCACGAACCCCAAGGGGAGCCCCUGGAGGAAGGGGGGCAUUGCCAAAGCUGGAGGGAGUCUGACGGGAAGGAGCUUCUGCCAGGGAGAAGAGGGGGAGCAGCAGUGCUGAGUUUGGAGCAGACAAACAGUGUUCGAAACGAGGCGGUCGUGAUCUCUGGCAGGAAGCUGGCGCAGCAGAUCCGGCAGGAGGCCCGGCACGAGGUGGAGCAGUGGGUGGCUCUGGGCAACAAGAGGCCCCACCUGAGCGUGGUCCUUGUGGGCGAGGACCCGGCGAGCCACUCGUACGUGCUGAACAAGACCAAGGCGGCGGCCGACGUGGGAAUCAGCAGUGAGACCAUCCUGAAGCCCGCCUCCAUCUCCGAAGAGGAGCUCCUGGACCUGAUCGGCAAGCUCAACGAGGACGACGGGGUGGACGGCCUGCUGGUGCAGCUCCCUCUGCCCGAGCACAUCGACGAGCGGCGGGUGUGCAACGCCGUGGCCCCGGACAAGGACGUGGACGGCUUCCACGUGAUCAACGUGGGCCGCCUGUGCCUGGACCAGUGCGCCAUGCUGCCCGCCACGCCGUGGGGCGUCUGGGAGAUCAUCCGCAGGACGGGCAUCCCCACGCUGGGCAAGAACGUGGUGGUGGCCGGCAGGUCCAAGAACGUGGGCAUGCCCAUCGCCAUGCUGCUGCACACGGACGGCCGGCAUGAGCGCCCCGGAGGGGACGCCACCGUGACCAUCUCCCACCGCUACACCCCCAAGGAGCAGCUCAAGAAGCACACGGUCCUGGCCGACAUCGUGGUGGCGGCCGCCGGUCUGGCCACUCUGGGAUCCAGAGGAAAGAGGACCUUCCCAGAUAACCAAAGAAUCCUCCACAGAGAUCUGAGCUGGGCCUUGAGUCUGAUCGAAAUAGAUGCUGAGUGGUAA